AUGCAGCGCUUUUCUGGUACUUCUUCUACUUCUUCUCUUGUAAGGCGAUUACGAAAUCAUUAUGCUUCUACAAAUGGGGUAAUCUCUUCAGUAUUCUCCGUACUGCAGCGUUGCGAAUGUUCACAUGCGAGUGGAAUAAAUACUAAUAAUAAUAAUAAUAAUAAUAAUAAUAAUACAACUGAGGCUCCUCAAUCUUUACGAAAAGGACGAGAUCCAAUGGCAACCCUCUCAACUGUUUUUCGUAAUAAACCAUCAGCUCUUCUAUUACAUAGGGAGUUAACGAUAUGUCUUGCCAAUGGUGAAUCAGAGAAGGCAGCAGAUCUCGCAUCUGUACUAGCAGAAACUGUAAAGCGUGAAAUACUUCAGGAAACGAAAAAAACAUCAGAAGAGACUUCUAAACAAAUACCUCCCACACCUACAAGUAGUAGUAGUAGUAGUAGUAGUAGUAUUGAAACUAGUACAGAUAGUGUUAAGGAUCAAGAUAUGCCUAGAGUGAUAUUAGAUGAUAUUGAAUACUCUGUUGAAAAGACGCGUGAUAAUCUUAUUUCCAAGAAUGCAGAUCAUACGGUUCAUUCAUUUAUUGAAGGAAAAAAUAAUAAUAAUAAUGAAACAGAAUUAGAUCCAUCAGAGUCUUGUCAUUUACCUUUUUGGAAACAAACAUCUGCUUUACGUGUCACCUUACUGGAAACUUCUUUUGAAAUGACACUUCCUGAAGGUGAUGAUGUAGAGAAUCCAUUAAGUUUAAAAGGUGCUGAAGUGGAAAAACAUGAAAAGGAACGAUUAACACUUUUGGAUGAUUAUUUGGCACGUGAAGAAAAACGUUGGGAAGUACAGAAAAGAGCUAUUGGACGAGUUGUACUCUUAACAGCUCAACGACUUGGUAUUAUUCCAGAAGAUCUAUACAGUUCAUGGAAUAAUAAUAAUAUUAAUAAUAAUAAUAAUAAUAAUAAUAAUAAUAAUAAUAAUAAUAAUAAUACAGAUACCACAUCUACUCAUGAUGGUAGAUUUCGUGUUUUUAGACAUUGUAAUAUCAUUAUAAGAGGUGAAGUACCGGAAGCGGCGGAAUUACUGCAGUUGAAAAGUCCUGCAGGUGAUAUUCAAACAACAGCUGCAGAGGAGUUAAGGAUACUUGAACAACGUAUGGAAGAACGUGGAUCUCCACUCUCUCCACGGGAAAAGGAAAUGGCUCUCUUUGAACUUAUCAUGACAAAGAGUAAAAUGCGAUAUGUUGUUGGUUUACAUCGUGAUCUUCAACUUGCCUUGGAUGAAUCAAAUAAAUUACGGGAAUUAUGUUCACAGAAGAAAGUAUCUUGUGCAUCUGAGGUAUUUUCACAUGAAGUUAUUGAAAAACUUAAUAAACUAGAACCAGAUGGGACAGAAAAGUCUGCAGAAGAAGUGGAACUUAUCGAUUUAUUAUCUACUCCAGUUAUUCCCUUUACAUUUAUGAUGAAAAUGUGUCUCUGGUUUGAGAUCCCACAGGGUAAGCAAGAUGCUUAA